CCAAUCUUGUUGGUACAAGUGAGAUUGGACAGGCAUACUAUUUAUGUCCUUGUUGACAUCAACGACUCCGUUGCAAUAAAAAAACAGAAGCGGAUUGUGUAUUCAAGCACAAAGGCAUCUUUCCCAAAUCAUCAUAACCAACAUAUAGAAAGAAUGCGGCACAUGACACACUAGAACGAGUGUGCCACGUUGCUGACACUUUCCUCCGCGAUUACCCUCUCAACAUUCAACCUCCUUUCACGACGAUGCGCCGCGUGCAUACCGUUUCGAUUCAAAUCCCGACCACUCGCCCCGACCAGAAUAUCCACUUCCGAAGUCUGCAUGUCCUCCCCAGCGAGACCUGUGCGAUUCGAUAACGCUAUUCACUCUUCCUCCCCGGACCUUCCCUCCCUUAUCGACAUAUUUCGAAAAAGUCCCCAAAAAGCGCCCCCUCUGCGCACCGGCAGUAAUGCCACCCCCAUGCCGACUGUGGCGCGGAGCACGUUCACGACUGCUGUCAACCUCUUACGCGAAGCUCCUGAGAUCGAUAUAGAGACCGAGCAAAUCGCGUAUUCGCCACCGCGCAAGACCAAACCUGUCCGAAAGCGCGUCAAGUCACAAGCUGCAAACGACAUCGAAAAGGAGCUAACCAAGAAAACGAGUUCCCCCAUCGAGAUCGCAUCAUCCCCGCAGGAAAAGCCGUGGCAAAAGUUCAAGAACAUAUCUGAUAGCAGACACAAAACGACCCAUGGAGACGAAACACAGUCGGAAUUGCCCAAGGGCCGAGCGAGGAAGCCGGCUGUGAAAGACAAGGCGGCGAAAAAGAAACACACCGAGAAUGUCUCUAGACAUAUCUCGAAGCCUGAACAGAAGAAAAAAUGGUCACCAGUUACCGGGGAAGAGAUUUGUGGCCUACAAGAAGCGGCCAUGGCAAGGCGCAACGACUGGACACCACCUCCGGAAGACCAGGCUGAAAUACUUGGAUCCGAAUCAGAUACCCGAGAGAUUACCUCGCCUUCACGAAUAGCAGCCGUAUCGAAAGAUAUAUUUUCAAAUUUAUACGACACGUAUGCUUGCAAAGACAGCGAGAAAUGCUCACCCGGUCCAUCUUCCGCCCAGUCAGGCGAGCCAGUCGCUGAUGUGCUGGGAAAGCGCAAGCGUCUUGACAUGAUUUUGACGGGCAAUAACAAGCCUCCAAGAGAAACAUCGCCCAAAAAAGUCUCCGCCAUCAAGAAGAAGACUCGUACAAUCACUGAACUGGCAACUGCACCCUACGCUGUGCCAGAAAUUGACCUGCUUGCUCCAGGCACCAAGGAGUCCCUACUCAACUAUUUCGACUCGGAUGGCGCCGUUAAGGCUCUGGUUGAGCAUCAAUCGGCUCUCAUGGAUUUCAAAGCCAACCAACCAAAGAAACCUGCGGUUAAGCCGAGGAAGACGAAGAAGAAGACAGGCACCGUCGAACAGCCGAUCCUCCUCUCCCCAUCUACGGCUUUGAAAACAUCACGCAGUCAAGACUUCGUGUUUGGCACAUCGAGUCAACUAGUCCUGGAGGAAUCCCCGACCGCCUUGCGAGACUUGCAAAUGGCCAUACAAGCUUCCAAUCAAAUUGACCAGGAUGAUCCAUUUGUCAGUUCACCUGCUCUCCGAGCUACCAACAAAACGGGUCUUUGGAACGCUGGUUCACGGGACCGCAAUGGUGAACUACUCAAUGUGGAACUGGCCGACUUGGUUGAUGCGUCGGCAGCUUCUAUAUCUGGCGAGUCUGCCCCCAACGAGAUUGAUCGUCCCGUGUCAGAUAAAUUCCCUGACAAUAAUGACCUCGAUCUUGGAUUAUCCGGUUCCCCAGCGGCCUCUCCUCUUCCCUAUUCGGACGGCUUUAUCGACAUCAACGAGAUCGACCUCGACUACCCUCAUGUCACUCAUGUCAAAAAGGCUGACCCCAGCUCCAAACCGUCUCUACCGAGCGGCACGCUCUCAGAUGCGUCUGUGUCUUCCAUCACCGAAAUGGCAAGCACCCCUCGUCCCAACUACGAACUAUUCACAGAUGUGCAGCUUGCCAAGAAGAUUACGUCUUUCGGGUUUAAGGCAGUCAAAAAGCGUCAAGCUAUGAUCGCAUUGCUUGACCAAUGUUGGGAAAGCCAGCACCCACAGAUUUCGAGGGUGGAAUCCAGCACCCGAGUGGCAACCAUGUCAACGUCUGCGGCCUCGAGCGCCCAAGUUAACACUUGUCUGAAAAAGCAGCAGACUGCCGCAGCGCCAAUAGCCACUGCAGAGCUGGCGAGGAAGCCGCGCGGUAGGCCGAGAAAGGACACUCGAGCAACCACGUCACCAUCUUCCAAAACUACAAAAACGAAACCGAAACCGAAAGCAAAAGCGACAUUGGCGGUGAAAUCAUCGCCAAAGAAACCAAGUGCUCAGUCAAGAGACGACUCCAUUAAUACAGCCAACAGCGCUUGGCUUACUAGUCCAAAGGCAGCUGCUUCCAUUAUCGAUACCUUUGAGGCUCCAGCUCCAGCUACUCUUAGCAGACGCAAAAAGCCAAAGCAGAAGGUGAUAGAAAUCAUGGAUUCGGAGGACGAGGCCCAUCUGUCCCCGUCGCCGCAGACUUCCCCCAACCAACUCUUUUCUUCACCCCCACCUUUAGACCUGUCUAUAUCCGAGGUUGUUGAUGCCGACAUGUCGCUGAGUUUACUGGACCCUGCGCCCGGCUCUAAUGAUGCCACGGCAUCCCAAACACAGGAGCUCUCUGCGUACAUUACCAAGGCAAUUAAAUCAGCUCCCCGGUCAAAGGACCCCACGAGCCCCUCGUGGCAUGAGAAAAUGCUCCUGUACGAUCCCAUUGUACUCGAAGAAUUGGCUGCUUGGUUGAACAGUGGGGAGUUGACGCGGGUGGGAUAUGACGGCGAGGUUAGCCCCGGCGACGUCAAGAAGUGGUGUGAGGCCAAAAGUGUGAUUUGCUUAUGGCAAGUGAACUUGCACGGGAAGGAGAGGAAGCGGUACUGACGAAAAUGUAGGAGUUUUAUUUACUGAAUGCUAAGAGGUUUCAAAGGGGCACGGUUGUAACUUGUGGGCCACUAAUCGGUUUGCUGGCUGUACAGAGUAUAUGUACUUAGAUAGACACGGGUCAGCGUAUCGCAGUGUUAGUCAUCCUAUUUCCACUCAUGGUACAGAACGUGA